AUGGACGAGUAUGAGUCGAUGAUCUACAAAAAACUGGCGCAGGAGCUCGAGCCAUCCAACCUCUCGGUGAGAGACAUUUCUGGAGGCUGCGGGUCCAUGUUCGCCAUCAAUAUAGAGAGCCCGAAGUUCAAGGGACUCCCCAUGAUCAAGCAGCAUCGGCUGGUCAACGAGCUGCUGAAGGAUGAAAUCGCCAAGUGGCACGGGCUGCAGCUUAAAACCAAAGCCAAAAAAUAA